UUCUGCCCGUGGCCACUCUCCUGCCCAGGCUGUGGCCCCCUGGCCAACCUUGCCAGGGUCUCAAAGCCAGCCAGGUGCCCUCUGGACAGAGCAGACAGGCCCCCAGUAGCCCCUGAGCUGGUGGGCAUGGGCUGGCCAUCGCACCUCCGAGGAGCUGGGCUCUGAGGUCCACCUUGGCAUCAGAGCCAUGGACACCAACCUGCCAGGCACCUUCCUGCUCAACGGCCCCUCGCUGGGCCCCUUCCCUGAGGCCAAGGCACCUGUCUGCCAGUACUCGGUGCAGAGCUCCUUCUACAAGCUGGGCCCCCCUGGGCUUGGUGCCCAGCUGGCCGCUGGCACCCCUCAUGGCAUCUCUGACAUCCUCAGCCGGCCCGCAGCGACGCCGAACAGCAGCCUCCUCCCCGGCUACCCCCACGCAGGUGGAUUUAACGGACUGAGCUCCCCGGGCGUCUAUUACGGACCCCAGGUGGGGACCCUCCCCAAGGCUGGUGGCGAGUUCCUCCCGCGGGGCCGCAGCUGCUGGGCAGAGGCAGCCCCAGACUGGCGGGGCGGGCGGCAGUGCGGUGGCCCGCCCACACACCUGCCCGACGGCAUCCACAAGAAGAAGCACACUCGCCCCACCUUCACGGGGCACCAGAUCUUCGCUCUGGAGAAGACUUUCGAGCAGACCAAGUACCUGGCAGGGCCCGAGAGAGCGCGGCUGGCGUAUUCCCUUGGCAUGACGGAGUCGCAGGUGAAGGUCUGGUUCCAGAACCGACGGACCAAAUGGAGGAAGAAGAGCGCCCUGGAGCCCUCCUCAUCCUCGCAGCGGGUGGGGGGCUCUGGCGGAGAGCGGGCAGCCUCUGAGACCGAGGACGACGAAUACAACAAGCCGCUGGACCCCGACUCGGAUGACGAGAAGAUUCGGCUGCUGCUGAGGAAGCACCGCGCGGCCUUCUCCGUGCUGGGCUUGGGCACGCACAGCGGCUGAGUGCCAGCACAGCACAGCCCGACCGGCCCUGGGUGCUUGGCACAGCCACCCACUCCCUGCCAGGGCAGCGACCCCCCCCCCCCCCUCCCCCAGCAGGUGCCCGGCUGCGGGGAUGGGACAGGUGCCGCCCCGCUCCAGAUGGCUCCUGCCCAGGGAUCGUGGCUCGCAGGGCUGGGGCAGCAGGCAUGGGCAGCAGCAGGCACGGCCGUGCCCUCGGCAUUGAUGAAAUAAAGGUCCCAGCCCCAGCCAAGUCCCAGCGCUUGCUUCGUGGGCGUUCGGUCCAGGGUGCCCCUGCUGAGGCUGGGCCAGA